AUGGUCGACUUAAAUCAUUACCAGAAGCUGGAGAAAGUGGGAGAGGGAACAUACGGAGUGGUAUACAAGGCACGAGAUACUCUCAACAAUAACCGUUUGGUGGCCUUGAAGAAGAUCCGACUGGAAGCCGAGGACGAGGGAGUGCCUUCCACAGCCAUUCGAGAAAUCUCACUGCUCAAGGAAAUGCGAAACGACAACAUUGUGUCGCUCUACAACAUUGUCCACUCCGACUCACACAAGCUCUACCUGGUGUUUGAGUUCCUCGACCUGGAUCUCAAAAAGUACAUGGAGAGCAUUUCGCCCGGCGUAGGUCUCGGCGCCGACAUGGUCAAGAAGUUCAUGAACCAGCUCAUUUUGGGAACCCGAUACUGCCACGCACACAGAAUCCUGCAUCGGGAUCUCAAGCCCCAGAACCUGCUCAUCGACCGGGAGGGUAACCUCAAGCUGGCCGACUUUGGUCUGGCCCGGGCCUUUGGUGUGCCUCUCAGAACCUAUACCCACGAGGUUGUCACACUUUGGUACCGAGCUCCUGAGAUUCUUCUGGGAGGUCGACAAUACUCCACUGGUGUGGACAUGUGGUCCAUUGGCUGUAUCUUUGCCGAGAUGGUGACCCGAAAGCCCCUGUUCCCCGGAGACUCGGAGAUUGACGAGAUCUUCAAGAUUUUCAGACUGCUGGGCACCCCCACCGAGGAGACCUGGCCCGGCGUGACAGCUCUUCCCGACUACAAGCCCACAUUCCCCCAGUGGAGCCGCAAAGACAUUGGUCGAACAGUGACUCCAUUGGAUCACGAGGGUCUCGAUCUGCUGGAGCAUCUGCUGGCAUACGAUCCUGCAUGCCGAAUCUCGGCCAAGCGGGCUGCCGACCACGCCUACUUUGACGUGGGAACCAACAUGAAGAGUGGAUAUAACGCUGCUGCAGGUCCGGGGCUCAUGAUGUCCACUAGAGCAUAA